AAAGAAGAGGCUGCCAUAUUGCAGUGAUACAGCGAGUUUACCGGACUGAAUCUUGAACACGAUUGGCUUUUUGUAAUAAAAAUGAUUUCUGCUCAUAGCUUUGGAGACCCGGGCAAGAUGAAAGAUUAUCAUUAUGCGGGUCCAGUAGAGCACCGGUUCUCACCAUAUGCUUUCAACGGAGGAACCGUACUAGCUGUUGCCGGGGAAGACUUCGCCAUCGUAGCCUCAGACACCAGGCUGAGUGAAGGCUACUCAAUCCACAGCCGGGACUCACCUAAAUGCUACAAGCUGACAGACACAACCGUCAUUGGCUGCAGUGGUUUCCAUGGCGACUGCCUGACUCUGACUAAAAUCAUUGAUGCCAGACUAAAGAUGUACAAACAUUCAAACAAUAAGACAAUGACUAGCGGAGCCAUUGCAGCCAUGUUGUCCACCAUCCUGUACGGCAGGAGGUUCUUCCCCUACUACGUCUACAACAUCAUCGGAGGACUGGAUGAAGAGGGCAAGGGAGCAGUGUACAGUUUUGACCCAGUGGGCUCCUACCAGAGAGACACCUACAAGGCCGGAGGAUCAGCAAGUGCCAUGCUACAACCACUACUAGACAACCAGAUUGGUUUCAAGAACAUGGAGGGUGUGCAGCAUGUUCCCCUGACUCAGGAAAAGGCGGUUCAGCUGGUCAAAGAUGUCUUCAUUUCGGCAGCAGAGAGAGACGUCUACACCGGAGAUGCCCUUCGGCUCUGCAUCAUCACUAAGGAGGGCAUCAAUGAGCAGACUGUACCACUGAGGAAGGACUGAGGAGGAACGUGUUUCCCUUUCUCUGCUAUCCUUUUUGGUCUGUUCUUUUCACCUUCACCCUGUUGGUUUGGCCCCUUAUCAUCAAGUUUCUUAAAACAGGAGUGUUGAUCCAGAAGGUGCUUUUACUGGCCUCUUAAAUUGGGCUUUAACUGGGGAGCUGAAUUCCAUUUUUUUUUAUAUCCACUCACAUUUUACAUCCAUUGAAAUUGAUGUUUUUCUCCUGCUUUCCACAGUUAUCCCCCUACAGUUUCUGCUAUUAUUACAUCCUUGUAUUUGUCGCAGUCUGAUUGUAGAUCAGCACUCCUGUUCUGAGAAGCAGAGAACUCUCUUCACUCAACCCUGCCUAGAUGCUUCCUCUGUUUUCCAAUAUGUUUUGGAAGGAUACAUACUCUGCUGUUCUUUUUACAUUCUUAAUAAAUGUAAAGAAUUGAA